AUAUUCUCGUCUGUUUUUUAUUAUGUUCAAACUUCAGUGAUUUGGUUCUAUUAAUUAUUUAUGAGCUCAAAAUCCUGCCGUCUUUGCUUUCUUGGAAGGAUUAUUAUUUACAAAAUACGUAAGAAUGAUUUUUCAUUAGUGAGUCAACAUCGUAUUUGUUUAAUUAUUGCAGCAGUGUUUGUUUUUAUUUGACUUAUAUGGCUCGUCAGGCUGUCAUUUCUUUGUAGUUUAAAAUUCCAUUAUGAUGAAUACACCGCCCGUUCCAAAACCACGGUCUUCAGGUUUCUCACAGAAUGAUUCAUUGAAGAGGCCAGUACCGUUACCUCGUACCAAGGUACCUGCAACUAAUGAAAGAGUCACAGCAUCUGAAGUUUUGCGUUCUAUAGGUACUGUAUCAAAACAAAUAACAGAAGAUGUUGCACAAAAAGUUACAAAUUCAGCAAAAUUUGCAAAUGAAAAACUUGAGAAAUCCUUUAUGGAUGGUUCUAAAUUUGCUAAGGAUACAUUAGAGAAAACAAUAAGCACAUCAAAGGCUGUGAGAGCAUCCGUUACAAAGUCUGUCAUAGAAACGACAAAAACAGCUGGUCUCAAGAUUCGUCGCACAAAAAAACUAGGCACAGAUCACAGUGAAGAUGCUCAAAGAUGUGUUUCAAUGCCAGCAGCUGAUGUUUCAUUUUUUGACAACAUUCAAUUUUAUUCACCACUUUUAGAACAAAAAAAGAUAUCACCGGAAGCUGGACCAUCUGAAAAAUAUCAAUCAUCAAGCUCACAGGUAGAUAACCUGUCACUUGUUUCUUGUAAUUCAGAUUCUAUAACAGAUAGUGGGAGUAUUUCCAAUGACAAUAUUAAAUAUGAUCAAAAUGACUCCACUUCUGUUUUAGAAUCAGAUAUGACAUAUGAUACUCCAAAACCAUCUAGAGCUAAUAGUUUUAUUAGUGUUAAAUCAGCACCGGAAGUACCAGGAAGAAGAAAAAAGAAAGAGAACAUAGAAAUCAUGAGACAAAAUUCCCUGUAUGAGAACUGGACAUUACCGUUAUCUCCAAAAGAUAAUUCAGAAUCUAUUGAUAGGCCAAGUAACAGCACUAUAUAUGAAUUUGAUCCCCUAAAUUUUACAGCACAGCCUAAGAAGUAUGAUGGUGUUAGUAAUGAAUUACUAUUGUUGGAGUCAUUUCUGAUUGGGGAUACUUAUGGUACAAUUGUUUCAAAUGAUGUUGGGGUCGAUGAUACAUUUGACUUUGUUGAAAGUGAUUAUUUCAAUCCCCCAACACCACCAGAAAGAUUUGACAGUCUUGCUGUUGGUGAAACUGCUGAAAAACCUACUUUAUCACCUAGUGUAAGAGAUAAUAAUUCAAAUUGGUAUGUUGGCAAGGAUUGUUCAAGUUCAGAUGUUGUUGAAGAUACAAAAACAGGAAGUUCUGUAAUGCAAAGAUUUUCAAACAUGCUAAAAUUCGAUAAUGUGUUAAAUAAAAGCUUGAAACAACCUGUAGUCAAAGUUGAGAAAGUGGAACGGCCGGCAAUUAAUCCCUUAGUUGUACCUUACUACAGUGGAACACUGAAUAAAGUCAUUUCUGGAACAGUUGAAGAUUUGUUCAAGAACUCCCAAUCUUGUAGUAGAUACUGUGUUUUAUCUGAUCACAAAUUGAUGUGUUAUUCUGAUCCAACUAACUCAAUAGUAAAAGAAGUUUACACUUUAGACAGUAUUAAUUCAGUUCAAAUUGUAUUACCAUUAUCAUCUAGCACCACAAAUAACUCAUACUGCUUUGAGUUGACAAUUUCAAUGGGUGUUAAGAGUUCACCACGUAAAGUGCUCUUUGGCUGUGGAAGUGCUUCGGAAAGAAGGAAUUGGGGACAAAAACUAUCUGAACAUCUCACUAAUGGAUUCCCUACCAAAUAUACAUCAGAGUUCACACGAUGUGGAUGGUGUUAUAUGAAGGAAGGGGUUACUGGAGAAUGGCGUGGAGCGUGGCUUAUGCUGGUGAGACGAGUCCUCGUCUACUAUACUACUCCCGAGACCCUUUGUACGGUAGACCUUAGGAAGACGAGAUGUGUUGUGAACCAAGAUGCAGAUGAAGAAACAAAACAAAAGUGUGUAUCGGACGGUAGCCCAAAUCUUCUACUCGACUGUCCACAUGCAACCGUAUAUUUGAGAUUCCAACACGAAAAAGAUCUUAAGAGUUGGAGGUAUAUGAUCAAGUUAGCAGCUCAUAAUAACGGGGCGUAUUUACAUCAUCAGCAGCUUACCAAGGAUGACGUUCCGGCAAUAGUCGACAAGUGCAUUAGUUUUAUUUAUGCCCACGGAAGUCUAUCAGAAGGUAUAUACCGGAGGGCGGGCAGUAGUUCAGUGCUGUCGGAAUUACUCGGACGGUUCAGGCGUGACACGUGGUCAGUGGUUUUGAGUCCCGGUCAGCAUUCAGAGCACGAUGUUGCCGGUGUAUUAAAACGAUUCUUUCGAGAUCUCCCAGAAUCGCUAAUUCCGCAAGACAAACAUGAAGUUUUAAUUUUAGCUCUUGAAAUCAAGGAGAAACACGAACGAAACAUUGAAUAUAGAAAAGUGAUGUUCUCCUUGCCUCUCGUCGCUCGCAAUACGGCAAGGAAAUUGUUCGCGCAUUUGCAUUUCUUAAAUACAAUGUCGCACGCAAACAAAAUGAAUGCUGAAAAUCUGGCCUCAGUUUGGGCACCUACCAUCAUGCCGGCAGCUUUGACAAGUCAGACCCUCCAAACGGCAUGGUCAGCCAAGGAGCAAUAUGUGGUCCGGGAUCUAAUAGCAAAUUAUGAGGAGAUAUGGGAGCCGACUGAAACCGAAACCCGACGCGAAGCGGCCAUACGCCGCGUUCUCAUGCGAGUAUUAAGUAAUACUGCGCCGGCGCCGCCCAAAGCAGCCGGAGAUUUGCGGGCGUGGAUCUAUGUGAAUGACAGAAACACGUGCUACCAAAUCGCGCUAACACCAAACAAAACAUGCGCCGACGUUUGCAUAGAGCUUUGCGAAAAAGCGCAAAAGGAAUCACAUUUAUUGAUGAUCGAAGAAGUUAUUUGCAAUGAAUCGAUGAGAAGAAUAGUACACAAAGACGAAGUGGUUCUAGAUGUCGUUCUGCGGUGGAGCUAUUGGGACGAAGAGGACCGAAAAGAGAAUUAUUUAAUAAUUAAAAAUAAUAAUUUGUUGCACGAUAUGGCUGUUAAGAAUACAGCGGUGGUUUGCGGAGAGCUUAGAGUCGCGAAUGAGGCAAACAAAACAUUUAAAUCGCACAUGUUUGAGUGUAAUCAUACAAAGUUGUGCUAUUUCAAGGAUAAACAGGGGUCACACAAAAUUGAAGAAUGGCCGGUGAAAGAUAUUUUAUGGUACAUCGGCCACGAACCUAAACGUAAUCCUCAAUCUCGAUGGGCCAUCACGUUCAUACCAAAAAGGAAUAAACAGAAAAGGUCGAAAGAUCGCCCGUGGUUUGGUGUGACUAUAGCGGGCGCGGUAACUGAAGAUCAAGUAAAAUGGAUGACGGCGUUAAUGCACGCUGAACACACCGAUGUACUUCCUACACCGCGGCUUGUCAUCACUUAAUGGUAUCGGAACAUUACAGGACCAGAUUUAGAAAGAAAGGAAAUACCUAUAACGACUUGCGAAGUUAUUUGCUGGGAUAUAACGUUUUGUUGUUGUAAAUCAAAAUUAAAAUAACGUAUACUAUGAAGUUACCCACUUUAUUUGAUAUAAUGCUUCUAAAUUUACAUUUAUUGCUAGUUCUCAAAUAAAGGACCAACGAGAACUGGCAAUAAACUCUCCGUCACUCUUUACUGUCAAUUUUUCAUUACAACCAUUGCAUUAUGCUCCUCGUCACACGUUAAGCAAAAGUGAAAGACGGAAUACAUGAUAUACUUUCUCGAAAAAUGUUUCCUGCACGGAACAACAACAACAGUAACAACAACAACAACAAACACGCAACAACAUUAACACAAUAACAACAACAUCGUGAAAAACGUAGAAAAUUUGUCAUAAUUUAUAUUUAUUCGCUGAUGCGUUUCAAAAUAGGUUAUUAAAAUUUAGUUGAUAUUGAAGAACCAUGUGACCACAACGUAAAGAGGUAAUAUUUUUUUACCAAUGCUACUCAAAAUUAAUAUCGCUAUUUUGAUGUCUUUAAUGAAUAUGACAUGUCCUAAGAAAGAAAAUGUAAUGUAUUUUAAAGAUAAAUGAAGUGCUUCUAAAACUAAGUUUAGAUGUUAGUUAUAAUAUAAAUAGUUUUUUAGUUAGAUAAUGUACUGUCUCCUUAUUGAACAGUUUUCUGAAUUUAAAGUCUAUUGCAGCUACAUCAGCAUUCAGAGUCGUAUGAAUUAAUACUCGUGGAUUUUAGGCAAGUUAAAUAUUUUUACUUGAAUGUGUGUUUCUAAUAUAUUUUAUCUGACUGAUCCUUGCCAAUUUGGUUUUUUUUUUAGAAUAUUUGAAUUAGGCUUAAAUAACAAUGCAAAAUUGGCCUUGAUUCUUCUAAUUGAACUUCUAUUAACUGUUAUAAUACGAGACUGUCAAACUUAAUUUUGCUAUGUUAAGAACUAGUUUAAUAGUUUUCACGAGUUACGAAUUUAUGAUAGCGUGUUCGUGCUGAGCCUAAGACUUAAGAACGAUGCUGCAUUUCGUUUUAAAUGGAUUAAAAUGUUUACCUUUCCGCCUUCGUCUUGCUCGAAGAACGCAUCAAUAAUUUGUGUAAUUUUAAAUGUUACGUCAAUGCAUUGAAUAUAGCGCUUGGUAUAAGGAACAUAUAUUGAAUAUAUUGAACAUAAGAUAUAUAUAUAUUGAUAAGAAAUAAAUGUUAACUUAAGGUUUAAACCUUAGUUUAUAUAAGUCAUGUAAUCGAUCGUAGAUUUACAUUUUUGAAAUGGUCCAAUCUUAGUAUUGUUUGUUAUUAACAUAACUAUUACACAUUUAAAGAAAAACACUUUUUAACUUCAUUCCGUUAAAAAAGUGUUCUUCGGUCCAAUCUUCUUGAGCAUACAAAGCAUUAAAUUUUUUUGAGACUUACAUCCGUUAACGAUAGAAACAAAUGAUAUAUAAUUAAACUUUAAUGAAUGAUAAUAUGACAUAUGAAAUAACCAUCCUACGAGUGGUCCGCGAAAUAAUAAGAUUGCAUGGCAGACGGCAAGGAUACUGAAUACAUAAUGACAAGUGUUAUCAUAAGUUUUGUGAAACGGUGGUAUUUUUAUGACGCACAAAUCUACAUUCCUGUGAUCCAAGUUCCAAAAAUGUUCAUGGAAAUACUAUUAACCGUGUAUAAAAAAAAUAUAAGAAUGUUUUCUAUAGAAGAUAUAUUUUACCAUUUAUAUUAUUAUUAAUAUAUUUUAAUAGGUUUAAGUAUUAUAAAAAUUACGGAAAAUUUUAAAGAUUGACUUGUUGAAAUAUGUUAUUCCUCGAAUCUGUACAUAAAAUCGAAAUAUUUAAGAUUGGCAAAUAUUCAUCGCUAAGUGCCUUUUUAACUGUAAUGUAAUGUCCACUGUUCAUGGAUAUAGAUUUCUUCUAAAAAGUUUCCAAUGUAACUGAAAUGUUUAAUGUCCCAAAAAUAUGUACUUUACUAUUUACAAUAUAUUUUUUUAAUCUCGUACACGUUGCAUAAUGAAUAUUGUUGUAUUCAAUGUGUUUAUUAUGUAUAUAAUAAUAUGGGUAUACAUAAAUUGAUUUUGAUAAAUUAUUGA